AUGAAGCCUAUAGAUUAUAUGAAGCCUGAAGAUUAUAGGUUGGUUUUCAUUGUAAUUUUGGAAAGAGCGUUGACACCACGUAAACAAAGAAACGAUGAGGAAAGAGAAGAAUUAAGAGAGAAAAAGUUAAAAAACUACAUUACUACUAAUAUAAAAGAUGAAACGCGUCGCGUGCGUGUGCGAUACAGAAGAACACUGAUCACGGUGCUGGGGACGCCUGCGGAAGAACAAGGAGGAGGCAAAAUAGACCUGAUAAACGCUGGAGCGUUUGACGGCCUGGAUGUGGUUUUUAUGGCACACCCCUCGCAGGAAAACGCAGCUUACCUGCCCGAUGUGGCUGAGCACGAUGUGACUGUGAAAUACUAUGGAAAAGCUUCUCAUGCUGCUGCUUAUCCUUGGGAAGGAGUUAAUGCAUUAGAUGCUGCUGUUCUUGCAUACAACAAUCUGUCUGUUUUAAGACAGCAAAUGAAACCGACCUGGAGAGUUCAUGGCGUAAUAAGAAAUGGUGGCGUGAAACCUAACAUCAUUCCUUCUUACACCGAACUAGAGUUUUACUUGCGUGCCCCUUCAAUGAAAGAUCUUUCUGUUCUGACAGAGAAGGUUGAGAACUGCUUCAAAUCUGCAGCACUGGCCACAGGAUGCAAAGUGGAAAUAAAAGGUGGUGAAAAUGAUUACUACAAUGUGCUUCCAAAUAAGAGCCUGCAGAAAGUUUACAAGGAGAAUGGAAAGAAGCUUGGAAUAGAGUUCAUAUCAGAAGACUGUAUCUUGAAUGGUUUGUCAGGUUCCACAGACUUUGGAAAUGUUACAUUUGUAGUCCCUGGGCUUCAUCCUUAUUUUUAUAUUGGCUCUGAUGCAUUGAAUCAUACUGAGCAGUACACAGAAGCUGCAGGGUCACAGAAUGCUCAGUUCUAUGCUUUGCGCACAGCAAAAGCUUUGGCAAUGACAGCACUGGAUGUCAUUUUCAAGCCAAGUCUGCUAGAAGAAGUCAGGGAAGACUUUAGACAGCUUCUCAAGACCCCAUGGAAGGAUAAAAGCACCCAAAUGUAG